UUAUUAUACUAUCCAUAAAGGUUAAUUAUCAAUUCCAAUACAUAUAAUAAUACUCGACACAAUAAACACAUACUAAAAUGGCUGCUCCACAAAAGAUCUUUUACAAGGGUACCGACAAUGACUUCAUAAUUUUCAUCGAAGAAUCUGAUUCAGUUGAAAAGUACCAAAAGGGAGACACAACCAUUCCAUUGAUUGACAUCCUUUCAAUUUACAAAGUCUUCACAAACAGAACUGGUGGAUCUGAAGGUGUACUCGAUGAAGCUUCGAAAUCCGAACUUUCCAACGAAUUUGGUACCACCGACAUUGAUAAGGUGAUAAAGACUAUUUUGAAAGAUGGUGAAAAGAACGGAGCUGCUAACGUCCAAAGAGGUGGCUCAUCUACUAAUGACUCUAUCGGUGCUGGCGCCACUGGUAAUUAGAAUCCCCUUUUUGUGGCUAUGAAUUUCCAUACUUUAAAUACUGUUGAUUAUCAAGAUCAAUUCUAAGAAAAUAUACAA